AUGGAGAAGCCCUGGGAAUCGCGCGCCAGAUGGAUCUGGCUGCCUGGGUUCGACGACACACGAAACCCCGGCGCUGUGGUUCUCUUCCGCAAGACCUUCUGCUUGACGACGGUGCCCUCUCGCUUCGUCAUCCGAGUGACGGCCGAUUCGCGAUAUAAACUGCGUCUCAAUAAUCAGCUCAUCAGUCUCGGGCCAUGCAAAGGGACAGUCGACCACUGGUACUUUGAGAGGGUGGAUGUCGCGGAUGUGUUACAAGCUGGCGUCAAUGUUCUCGCUGCAGAGGUGCUGCGGUAUUCCCCGCAACACAGGGGUAAUAUCUCCAUGUCGCGAAGCUAUACGCCUGGCUUCUUACUGUUGGGAGAGGAAGAGCCGAUAGAGGGAGAAGAAACCAACAGGAUCGUGGUUGCCUCAGAUCUGACCUGGCGCUGUGUGGAAGACAAGUCUAUCCAGUUCAUCAACUCCCCCCUUGACCAUUUCCUGUCCAUCAACGAGACUGUAGAUGGGACAAAGAGACAUUUUGGAUGGGAGGACGUCUCCUUUGAUGAUUCGGCUUGGUCCAUGCCUGUUGAGCUGGUGAACGCUGCGCCUACCGAUGAACUGACGACCUUGCCGUGGAAUCUGAACCCCCGGGAGAUCCCCCUGUUAACCUCUAUUCCGGGAUAUUUCAAGUCUUUAGUAGUCAAGAAUGGGGAAAGUCGUCUACAGCCCGAUAUCCGGUUGAGUGAUACAGAACUUGCCCCCUGGAAUGACCUUCUCCAAGACUCCAAGCCUCUGACAAUCCCUUCCGGGUCUCACAUUGUGGUUGACCUGGCCGCACCAGAGUAUAGCACCGGCUACAUCCAGCUCCAAGUCUCUGGCGGUGCGGGCGCUACGAUCCGUCUUUUAUGCGCCGAGUCGUAUGAACGCGCUGCCAGACCAUCACCAGACGUCUAUCUGAAAGGCGACCGCACUGAUUUCAUGAAUGGAGUCCUGAACGGUAUCUGGGACUGUUAUCUUGUUGCCGGAAAGACUGAGACUGAGACGUAUCAGACAUGGUGGCGGCGGUCGUUCCGCUUCGUUCGAUUGGAGAUAAUCACCACCAGCAAUGAUGUCUUGCAUCUGCACCAAGUGAGCUACACCGAAUCAACAUAUCCGCUGGAGGUACGGUCAACGUUUGAAUCUAGUGUCCCCCGUUAUGAAAACUUCUGGACGACGAGUCUUCGCACAUUGAAGAAUUGUAUGCAUGAAACCUACGAAGACUGUCCAUUCUACGAACAGACACAGUUCCCAUUUGACACCCGCAGCCAGAUCCUGUUCACAUAUCUUGUUUCUGGCGACGACCGGCUCGCUCGCAAGGCUAUCCACGAUCUACAUUGCAGCCUCCGUCCGGAUGGGCUGAUUGCAAUGAGGUCCCCUGCCCACAUGAACCAUUCUCUUCCUGUGUUUUCGUUGUCCUUUAUCCACAUGAUAUCUGAUCAUGUCUUGUUCUUCGGUGAUCAAGAACUCGCCCGUCGCUAUCUGCCCACUUGUCUUGCUAUUCUGGGCUACUACGACCGUCUUGUUCGCUGGGAGAGUGACGGCCUGGUUGGGCCCUUUGAUGCCCGUGCAUGGAGCUAUGUUGACUGGGUCAAGGAGUGGACAUUUGGAACACCUCCUGCCGCAAGAACCGGGCCAGCCACAUAUUUCAGUCUGGUGUAUGCCCUGGCAUUGGGACAAAUGGCGGAGAUUGCUGACUUUCUCAAUCAGAAGGAGCUGGCAAGAGACUGCAUUGAAAGAAGAGAAGCACUUCUCUCCAGUGUCAAUACCCACUGCCUCAAUGAAACAAGAACAUUCUACCUUGAUGGGCCAGGCUCGCGGGAGAUCAGCCAGCAUUGCCAGGUCUACGCCGUCCUUGCAGGUGCUAUCAAGGGACCAGCCGCUCAGAGCCUGCUCCGCAGAACAUUGAGCACUGCCAUGCCUCAAAUGUCCUACGCCCAAGCCUUAUACCUCUUCCGAGCCCUCCAUAAAGUAGAUCUUUAUUCUCAUACCAUUAGCCUAUGGUCUGCAUGGGACGAAAUGCUCAGUCAAGGAUUGGAUACAUGGGCGGAAAUGCCUUUCGAUCCACGGAGUGACUGUCAUGCAUGGAGUGCAGUGCCGCUGUCAGAGCUACCCUGCGGUAUACUGGGAAUCCAGCCCACCGCACCAGCUUGUGCAAGUAUUGAGAUCCGUCCAAUGUUGAGCAUGGUGGCAUCAGCCAAGGGAGGGAUAGUCACGCCACGAGGGGUCCUGAUGGUGCAGUGGUCGCGGGGUAACAAUAGCUUCAAGCUACGUGUUGAUGUUCCGUCUGAGACAAAAGUCGACAUCUUCCUGCCUUCGGGUCAGAAGACGUAUCAGGAUGAAAGUGUUAUAGAGGUUGAUGUUGAUCUAUAA